GCUUCGCGCGGGCCGCCCGGCCGCAGACAAUACGCCUCCUGCCCGGCGCGCCGCAGCUUCUGCCACCGCGAGAGGAGCAAUGUCUGAGGUGAGACCCAUCUCCACGGACCUCUUCAUGGAGACCUUCCCGUUCAGGCAUCUCCUGGACCCUCUGAUCCUGGAGGUUGUCAGUGUCAUGGAUGCCGAGGAUCCCGACCCCUUGGGGUGCCUCGAGGGCAGUGACCAGGUGGCCCUGCGGCUAGCCUACAUUGGCGAUGCGAUGAACCUGCGUGUCAGCAGCCCCCGCCUGGCCCGACUGCCCAGGAUGACCAUGCGCAGACUGGGGCUGUCCUGUGACCAGCCGGUCCGCUGGGGCGUGCUUGGGAGCCUUAGCGACGGUUUCACCAACCUCAGGGAGAACGUGGCCAGGCUCUGGAGGUCGCUCAGCCCCAGGCCCUCGGUGUGCCCCGUCCCGGCGUGGGAGCAGGUGCUGGUGCUGCUGCUGGUGCUGCUGCUGGGCAGGGGCCUGCACCUGCUGCUCAAGUGAGGCCCGCGGCCGGGGUGGGGCCGGUCCCCACCCCACCACCGCCCUGGAGGUAGUGGUGGAGCAGUUUCUUGUCUUUCUAACUGGAGUUUUUUGAUGAUCUUUUUUAUAUUUAAACUCAGAGAUAGUGCUGGGACACUGCUGAGGUUUUAUACUCAGUGUUUGUUUUUUCAGAUUUUGUUAUGGGGCAAAUGAAUUUGCUAUACCUCUGGGGUCCCAAGGCUUGGCUAGGCCUGCCGUCCUGACCCUGGCUCAGCCCGGGAGGCGGCCUGUCCCCACGAAGGAGUCUUCCUGUCCUGCCAGUUGAUCAUGUGGCGGGCAGCGGGGGGAGUGCUGGUCACACCCCCGCAUCUGUGAUGCCCGCACCAGAGAAUCCACUGGAUCAAUUUCUGAGGGCUGGGGGAGCUCAAUAUUUGUUUUUUUUUUUUCUUGUUUUUUUUUUUUUUCAUGUUUUCUUUUGCCAUUAGAAGUGCAGUAUGGGGGAGUUCAAUAAACUGUUGCUUUGCA